ACAAUAUCAGCUGCAACAACAAUUGCCGCAGAGGCAGCUCCUGCAGCAGCAGCAGCAACUACACUAUCCAGCAAAGCCACAACUAUCUGCACAAUUUCAAACACAUCAAAUGCCUCAGCUUCACAAAAUGAAUGAUAUAAAUGAUAUCAAAAUGCAACCAGGAAUGGGUGUUAAGCCAGGAGUCUUUCAGCAACAUCUUACAUCAGGUCAACACUCAGCAUAUUCCCAUCAACAGCUGAAACAAGGGAGUGCAUUUCCAGUUUCUUCACCACUACUACUUCAGGUUACAUCUCCUCGGGUUCAGCAGCACUCAUCCCCCCAGUUUGAACAGCAAAAUCAUCUGCCAUUUAAAACAAAACUUGGAACUCCUCUGCAAUAUUCUAAUUCACCCUUUGUGGGACCUACCCCUUCACCCCCUUUGUCUCCAUCUCCUAUGCCAGGAGAAUUUGAGAAGUCCAUUCCUUGUGUUUCAUCAAUAUCAAAUGCUCCAAAUAUUGGACAUCAACAAACAAGGGUUGCAGUAGCGCCAGCUCAAUCACUUGCCAUUGGGAUUCUUGGGAUAUCAGCCUCUCCUUUAUUGACAGAAUUCAGUGAUCCAGAUGGUGUGCACGGUAAUGCUUUAGCCGCCACUUCUGGGAAGUCAACUGUUACAGUGCAGCCUGUUGAACACUUAAUUAAUGUGGCAAAAUCAAUGUCUCCUAGGACAGAUCACUGUCGAAAGACUUAUACAAAAUCAUUCAUAUUCCUCUCACUCUUCGUGAUCAUGACAAUAAUUGGAGGGACUUUUCUUUAUAAUGGAAUAGAGAAAUUCCAAGCUACUGCAAGGGAUGUAUCAGAUGUUCUGGUGUCAAGAGCAAAUACAGUAGCUGAUGUUAUUCAUAAGGUAUUGGUCGAUCUUGAAGCGGCUAAGAACGUUAAAGGGUGCAUAAACAGUAAGUUUAUUACUUCAUUCUGAACCUUUACAAGUUUUUUGUUUUAGCAUCAUGCAAGGCUUAGAAAAUAUGUGGUGUAUUGCUUUAUACUCAUUAAAACUUUCGGUGCAUUGUUGAUUCACCUCAUAUAUCAAAUUUUUUGCAUAAGCUAUAUUUGGGUUGUUAGAAAAAGAGUAAAUAGUACAAGUAGUGUCGACAUAAAGAAUUUUAGCGUCAUCUUUUGAUCACAAUGUGUCAUGUAUAAUAAG